GAAUUUUAAAAAUUAUAACUCUGAGCUUUUUAAGGAAACAGGGUUAAGAGGUAGUUUGUUGGCAGACGGGCAUCAGCAAGGUCUGUUUCGAAAACUCAGCAUAUGAGCACACAUGCACUCAGCCUUGGCCUUGCGCUGUAAAAUUUUGGCACAGUACACAAGCAUGGGCUUUUGUUGUCAAGGAAAUAGCUUUGUUUCUCUGAGGAAGGAGAUAUUGACGACACUUCUUUGUAGGUGAUCACUGAGCAAGGUCGUAUUGUUUCCCAGACUUGCUGUUCUGAACAACAUGAAGCUCUUGGGUCCUGUCCAUGCCUCUCUGGCCAGUAAUUGCUACGGUGGCAGCAGGCAAGCCAGGCUUUCCUCAGUGACGUCCAGCCCACAGCUGACAUCUACCUUCCCUUCCUACUUGCCUAGGCAAUCGUAGCUUGUGUUUGAACUGAGCAAUGAAGAAAGAUCUCAGGCAGUUUUGAGUCAGCCUUCAGGUUCCUCAGAAACCUUAAACACAGAAAUGAAUGGGGUCACUGAGGUCAGGAACUCUAGAUGCCCCUGCCUCAUGGUUGGAGCAUCAACUUCUGGAGGUUAAGGGUAGGAUUAUCAGGGGCUGCAUGAUGAAGGUAAUAGUGGGACCACUUAGAGAGAGCCAACAGUCCAGGCCAAGACAAGCUGGGACCCAGCUCUGUUUCACAUGUGAGUUGUUCUUCUUCUAAUUGGCCCUCUAGGUGAAAUUAAUCAUUUAUUUCCACUUCCUGCUAAUUGUCCAACUAGUGUGGCUGCAUCUCCUUCCUGCAAAGCAAUGUUGAAGAAGCUAUGGAAGCAAGAAGGAAGCAUGGAUUCCAGAAACUGACAACAAACUACUUACCCCUAUUGCUCUUUUUCCUAAAGUUAAAGAACCCUGGGACCUUGAGGACACCAUUUGAAAACUAUUCAUGGAAAACAUGGCAUCCUAGAAUGAGAAAUCCACAUCUGGAUCAAACUGUGUCACAAAAGCUGCACACGAUGACACCGUCUGGAAAGUUUCUGCCACAGAGCAAAAGACUGCAAGCAGAAUAUCCCUUUGCCGUUUCUCAUGAAGCCCUGGAGAGGAUGGUUCACGGAGACGAGGAUGACGACUGGGGUGAGAAAUGCAGGUGACUUGUGAGUGGGCAGAGAGUGGAAGAGAAGAUGACUGGAAGAUUUUAGCACCCAGAAAAGAAUGGAGACAACUAGAGUUGAUCUGAAGAUUAUGACAGAAUUCAAUACUGGGGCAAAGAAACAAGAUGCGGUUAGAAAUUAGAAACAGCAGAGCUCCGCAGGUUGGAAAGGAUUUGAGCAAGAGAACAAGAAGGAGCCUGCUAAUAGCACCCUGGGUUCACAUCAAGAGAAGCACCUGGAGAGAAUUAACUCGGGAGGAGGUGGGGGCAUGGGAAACCUUUUCGUCUCCAAGAGCGGGCCGGAGUGUCAGCUGGCCUGAACUUGAAGUUACACCAGGUAGCUUGCCUGGGCUGGGAGAAGUGAUUCCCUUCUAUGCCUCUCUCCAAGGCCCUGCUCCUGACGCUGCUCCUCUACCCAUAUUGAGGGGAAGAUACAUCCCUAAUAAGUUCCCUGCACCCCAUUCCUUGUUCUAGCUAAUUGGUCCCCUAGGAAUUUUCCUACUAAUUUUCAAUUCCCCUUUUCACCUGGUGAAAUAUUAAAUCUUACUGUUCAAUUAAAGUUCUUGUA